CGCUGCUAUACUCGUCCACCCGCCGACUGUGUGAGACUUUCUUGCGCUCAAUCAAGAAUCGUGAAUCACGAAUCAAGGAUCAAGCAUUCAAUUGGUGAUUCCAUGUCAUGUCAUGACAUGACAUACGACCAAGCACAGCUCGCCGACUCACACAAUCUCAACGCAACGAGCGACCCAACAGGUGCGACUAGCAGCAGAGCUGUCACUCCCGCUUUUGCUGACAAGCGGCAGCACCUACGACUCCCGAUCCAUCCUUGAUGCUGAUCAUAACGUCUCAGCACGGCCCUACAACAAGCCGACGUUCCUCUUGAGUCAGCACCUCAUCGCUCUUCGCAUCAAAUCUCCCUCCUGCCCCCCCAACAUCACCACCGCGAUGUCGUCCGCAUAUCUCUCCAGCGCCGUUUCCCGCAUCUCUGGAGUGAGCGCUUCGGAGGAGCUGGGCGACAGCGCUGCUCACCAACCUGGCGUAUCGCCACCCUUGUCACCAGUCAAUGAGCGCGACAUUGAGCUGAGCGCACCAUUGCCAGUCUUUAGAUCACACGAGAGGCCUCCAAGCCCAGAGAUGCAGCUCAGAAGAGGAUCAGCCUCUGCCCAUACGCCCGCGCCGUUGCACGAAGCUGAGCUCAGCCAAGGCGCAUCCUUUGGCCAUGCACCAUCCGCAUACCCACCGCCCGCCCCAUCCACGGUGCUCGGUGCCAUCACGCCAGGCACGGAAGAAGCAGAUCCGCUCCUACUGCGAUCUCGUCUCGUCUCGGACACGGACCUGCGGCGCAGACCCAGUCAAGCCAAGGGAGGCAGAAAAGCGGAAAAGCGAAUGAGGGAGUUUUAUGACGAGCAGAAUCUGCACAUUGAGAGGCUGCUCAAGCCAAUGCAUCAGCACGCUUCGGAAGAUGCGGAGGAGAUGGCGAGUGUGGGCAGGAGCGUCAAGUUUCUCAUCUACAUCAAUAUUGCUGCCAAUUUCGUCCUGGCUGGACUGCAACUCUUUGCCGCCAUCUCUUCUGGCUCCCUCUCCCUCUUCGCCACAGCAGCCGACAGCGUGUUCGACCCUUUUGCCAACAUCUUUUUGAACUGGCUGCAUCGCAAAUCCGAAAGGCUGGACGAGAGGAAAUGGCCAUCGGGCGGAUCGAGGAUUACGAAUGCUGGCAACAUUGCCUACUCGUGCAUCAUGCUCAGCGUCUCGCUCAUCCUCAUCGUCGAAAGUAUUCGAGACAUUGCUACACACAAAGCGGGAGAGGAGAACGAUCUCUACAUUCCUUCCUUGGUCGCCGUAGGUGUGGCCUUUGCCACCAAGCUCACGCUAGCCGUCGUCAACUACGGUCUCCGCAAGUACAGCUCGCAACUGGAAAUGCUCUACGUCGACUGCCGCAACGAUCUGUGGAUCAAUGGCUUUGGUAUCUUCACCGCCGCAGCUGGAGCGAAGAUCGCGUGGUGGAUCGACCCACUGGGCGCCAUCAUCAUCUCCAUCGGCAUCGUGGUGGUCUGGACGCGCACCGCCUUUUCCGAGUUCAAAGAGCUGUGUGGGGCGUCGGCGCCCACGGAAUUCUAUCAGUUGGUCACCUACAACGCCAUGCUGCACUCGGAACACAUCAAGUCCAUCGACUCCAUCAAGGCCUAUCACUCUGGCCCAAAUUACUUCGUCGAAGUGGACAUCGUCAUGGACAGCAGCGCCCCGCUCAGCCUCACCCACGAUGUUUCUCAAGACCUUCAGGAUCGUCUGGAGAGCUUGCCUCGCGUGGAAAGAUGCUUCGUGCACGUAGAUUGGGAGGUCACUCACGCUCCUGAGCACCGCAAGACUCGAUGAGCGGUGAGAAGCGGCAAGGAGCGGAAUCGAGGAAUCGAGCCGACUUGUUGUGCACGUGUUCACAUGUACAUGACCUCUUAUGCUCUGGCCUAAUCGACGUAUCAUCGCAUCAAGAUAAAGUACAGUCUCCUUGAACAAACACAUCCGCCCUCGCAGCUCGCUGCACAGUAUUGCUGGAAUUGGGCCCUCUUGCGUCCAGCAUGUGUAUCACCGAUGAGCGUUUGACAACGUGGAGUCUGCAUGCAAUCGUGCUUGCACACGAAACUGUCGGAGCGUCUGGUCAAGUAGUGCGGUGACAUGGCGUGCCUAUAAAACCUGCAAUUACGCGAUGGUCAAGUACAAUGAAAUGGAUGACUUUGCGAGACGCCAACCCGAGUAGAACACGAGGCUUGACCUGCGCGAAUCGCUCUAUAGCGCGUACGCGAGUCGAUGAUGGUGCGCGCGGAGCGCACAAAACUGACCAAGGUGCAUUUCAGAACGUC